CCACCAACUUUUAAGUUGCCUCACCUUAUAAGAAUCCUGCGUUCUUCUCUUUCCAGCCCAAGAAACAAUCCUCAAGCUAAACAAUCUCAAAGAGCAGAGGCACUAGAAUAUUCGAACAGUUUAAGCUGAGAGAUGAAGAUGUCUGAAACUGUGAAAGGGAAAUUGAGCUUGGGGGCAAGAAUUCUUCAGGCGGGAGGAAUUGAAAAAAUCUUCAGGAGAUACUUCUCUGUCAAUAAAAGGGAGAAGCUCCUGAAAGCCUGUCAGUGUUAUCUAUCAACAACGUCUGGUCCUAUUGCAGGGUUGCUCUUCAUUUCUACGGAGAAAAUUGCAUUUUGCAGCGAUAGACCCUUAACAUUCACUUCUCCUGAAGGAGAUUUGAUCAGAGUUCCUUAUAAAGUUUCGAUUCCAUUGAGGAAGAUAAAGAGAGUUAGUCCAAGUGAGAAUGUGAAUAAGCCUAGUCAGAAGUAUGUUCAGAUUGUUACUCAUGAUGGUUUUGAGUUUUGGUUUAUGGGGUUCGUGAGUUAUCAGAGAUCUUUCAAGUAUUUGCAGCGAGUAAUCUUAGAAUCAGAUAUGAGCUCCUAGCAUUAAGAGGAGAAGAGGAAAAAAUAGUUAUUGUAAAUUAGAGGGUCAGUUCAGCGCCAUCCUUGAACAAGGAUAGCUUUUUUUCUUUUUCUUUUCUUUUUUGUGUCUAUCUAUUUGUACAAUCAGAUGGUGAUUUGUAUUAUUCCUUGUAAUACAUCAUUUAAUGAAAUGCUAUAUUUUGUGUAUGAAU